GAAUCGGUGAAGAAGACGACUCUUGAGAGAAAAGGAAGAAGAAGCAAUUUCAAUGGAGAAGAAACCGGAGAAGAGAGGGAUGAUCGACACGUGGAUUGAUAAGCACCGUUCGAUCUAUACGGCGGCGACACGCCAUGCUUUUGUCGUCUCGAUUCGCGACGGAUCCGUUGAUCUCUCGUCCUUCAAAACUUGGCUGGGGCAAGAUUAUCUGUUCGUGAGGGGAUUUGUGCCGUUUGUAGCAAGUGUGUUGAUCAGAGCUUGCAAAGAUUCCGGCGAGAGUUCCGAUAUGGAAGUGGUGCUUGGUGGUUUGGCGUCGUUGAAUGAUGAAAUUGAAUGGUUUAAAAGAGAAGGAUCAAAAUGGGAUGUUGAUUUCUCCACCGUUGUGCCUCAAAAUGCUAAUCAAGAUUAUCGCAGGUUUUUGGAAGCUCUGAUGAGCAAUGAGGUGAAGUAUCCGGUGAUUAUGACAGCUUUCUGGGCAAUUGAAGCAGUGUAUCAAGAGAGCUUUGCUCAUUGUUUGGAAGACGGGAACAAAACUCCGGUGGAGCUUACCGGAGCUUGUCAUCGGUGGGGGAAUGACGGGUUUAAACAGUAUUGUUCGUCUGUCAAGAACAUCGCCGAACGUUGUCUGGAGAAUGCCUCCGGAGAGGUGCUCGCUGAAGCGGAAGAUGUGCUUGUACGAGUUCUUGAACACGAGGUCGCCUUCUGGGAGAUGAGUCGUGGAGGACAGUAGCUAAUGUUUGGGUUUGAAUUUCUCUUUUCCUCUAAAUUCCUAAAAGAAACAAGUUUCAAUCUU